AUGUUUUCCAUAUUGGUCAUUAUUUGCUGUCUGCCCUUGAGGGUAUUUGCAUCCAAUAGCUCCACUGAGUUGGAGUUCAAUUUCAGUCCAAAAUGUCAUCCCUUAAUGGACUGUGAGCCAUAUUUUUCACUGGCUGGAUUCGCCAAAGUUAAUUGGCUUGAAGCUAAUCAAAUUUGCAACCGAGUGGGUUCCGUCCUGGCCACAGUUAGAAACAAGGAACACCAUCAGCUUAUGCUGGACUAUGUCACCAGAAAUGAACAUUAUUUCGGAAAUAUGUCUUUCUGGCUGGGCGCUACAAAUCUGGUGAAAAGAUCUUACUCCUGGACUUGGCUGAGCACCGGAAUUCCUGUGACCUUCGCACAGUGGGCUCGCAGGGAACCGAGAUCGGAUCGUAAAGGCAAGGAUGCUUGCCUGAUCCUAGGCAGUGAUCAUAUGUGGCACAGUGCUAACUGCUCUGAGAAAAACUUUUUUAUAUGCGAGAACAUUUGUUUGCUAGAUUACACAGGGUUAGACAAAAAAGUAUAUCUUUAAGCUUAAUAGAGAUAUCGAUUUCUUGAGUAAAAAAUUGGUAAGAUAAAACCAUUGUAAA